AACAAGCAACUGAAGAAGAAGAAGAGGAAACCGGAAGUCUCGUUGUAUGACUGUGAUGUCAGUCAAACAACGUGGCUGGCGGCGGGAUAGCUGUGCUGUUUGUUAUUAGUGAGUUUGAAGAAGACAGAGCUCCAGAAUCCAGAGUGAGUCCAGCAGCCCCAGUGGAGAUCUGCUGGAUCUCAGGACCAGAGAGGAAUGGAGGAGGACAACCAGAACCAGGAGCAGCGGAGCACCGAGGUCCCCAGAAGACCAGCAGCAGACUGGGACUCUGAUAGCAGCCAUGUUCAGGAGCCCUCAGUAGACGUCAAGCUGGCACCCGUAGCAGGAAAGAAGGGCAACAAGGCUGAGGAGGAGGAGCAGCCUGCAGCAACUCCUGCAGCAGCAGUAAAGGAGGAAGAGGAGGAGGAGGAGGUGCAGCAGCCUCUAGCACCUCCUGCAGUGGCAGUGAAGAAGGAAGAAGAGGAGUAUGUGGUGGAGAAGGUUUUGGACCGCAGAGUGGUGAACGGAAAAGUAGAGUUUCUGCUGAAAUGGAAGGGGUUCUCAGAUGAGGAUAACACAUGGGAGCCGCAAGACAACCUGGACUGCCCCGACCUUAUCGCUGAGUACAUGCAGAAACCCCAGGAGAAGGAGGAGAAGAAGGAGGGCAAGAGGAAAGUAGUCAGUGAGGCCUCUGGAGACUCAGAGGAGCGAGUGAACAAGAGGAAGAUGGAGAAACGGGGAGGAGAGGGACCCACAUGUCACCACUGUCAACACUGUGACAAAUCUUUUACAUCUGUAAACAUUCAUCAGAGAGUUCACACUGGACAGAAUCUACACAGCUGUGAUCAAUGUGGGGCAGCUUUCACACAUCAGGGUACCCUAAACAGACAUCAACCCAUUCACACUGGAGAGAAGCCUUACAGCUGUGAUCAAUGUGGGGCAGCUUUCACACAACAUAGUACCCUAAAUAGCCAUCAACGCAUUCACACUGGAGAGAAGCCUUACAGCUGUGAUCAAUGUGGGGCAGCUUUCACACGACAGGAUAUCCUAAGACAACAUCAACGCCUUCACACUGGAGAGAAACCUUACAGCUGUAAUCAAUGUGGGGCAGCUUUUACACAACGGAGUAGCCUAAAAAGCCAUCAAUGCAUUCACACUGGACAUAAGCCGUACAUAUGUGAUCAAUGUGGGGCAGCUUUCACACAACAGAGUCACCUAAAAUUACAUCAACCCGUUCACUCUGGAAAUAAACCGUACAGCUGUGAUCAGUGUGGGGCAGCUUUCACACAACAGGGUACCCUAAACAGACAUCAACGCAUUCACAAGGGAGAGAUGUACAGAUGUGAUCAAUGUGGGGCAGCUUUCACACAACAAAGUACCCUAAAAAGCCAUCAACGCAUUCACAUUGGAGAGAAGCCUUACAGCUGUGAUCAAUGUGGGGCAGCUUUCACACGACGGGAUACCCUAAGAAAACAUCAACGCCUUCACACUGGAGAGAAACCUUACAGCUGUGAUCAAUGUGGGGCAGCUUUUACACAACGGAGUAGCCUAAAAAGCCAUCAAUGCAUUCACACUGGACAGAAGCCGUACAGAUGUGAUCAAUGUGGGGCAGCUUUCACACAACAGAGUCACCUAAAAUUACAUCAACCCGUUCACUCUGGAAAUAAACCGUACAGCUGUGAUCAGUGUGGGGCAGCUUUCACACAACAGGGUACCCUAAACAGACAUCAACGCAUUCACAAGGGAGAGAUGUACAGCUGUGAUCAAUGUGGGGCAGCUUUUACACAACAGAGUACCCUAAAAAGCCAUCAACGCAUUCACACUGGAGAGAAGCCUUACAGCUGUGAUCAAUGUGGGGCAGCUUUCACACGACAGGAUACCCUAAGGAAACAUCAACGCCUUCACACUGGAGCGAAACCUUACAGCUGUGAUCAAUGUGGGGCAGCUUUUACACAACGGAGUAGCCUAAAAAGCCAUCAAUGCAUUCACACUGGACAGAAGCCGUACAGAUGUGAUCAAUGUGGGGCAGCUUUCGCACGACAGGAUACCCUAACAAAACAUCAACGCCUUCACACUGGAGUGAAACCUUACAGCUGUGAUCAAUGUGGGGCAGCUUUUACACAACGGAGUAGCCUAAAAAGCCAUCAAUGCAUUCACACUGGACAGAAGCCGUACAGAUGUGAUCAAUGUGGGGCAGCUUUCGCACGACAGGAUACCCUAACAAAACAUCAACGCCUUCACACUGGAGAGAAACCUUAAAGAACAAUGUGGAAAAACUUCUCACACCAGUAAUCUUAAGACACCACCAGCGCCUUCACACUGCCUCCUUGUCAACAUGUUUCCGAGCCAAGCUGUUUCCUCCUGCCUCCUCCUCAUGCCCUGAUAGCUGUGUUGUUAUAUUCUGAUCUUCUCUCCACAUUGAGGGCUGACCAGCUGUAACUUUAUCUUCUGAACAGCAUGUAUGUUAUCCUGGCUACAACUACAUAUUACGCUACCUCCCUUUGAAGGGAUUAAUUCCGGUCACAAUUAGCUUUUAUUUCUGUAAUAAAAUAUUUUGAGUUCAGCGUUCAACUGCUCGGGCUAUGUAACUAACGUUGCAACGAAGGAGUAUGUGGCUAUAGCACUAUAUACUAUUUAUACAUAUUGGCAGGUAAACAGCAGACUCUAAUACCAUUGUUUUCAAUUCAUUCAUUUUAAUUUGUCUUAAUUAAUGUGUAGUGCCCUAUCCAUAGUUGUUAUUCACUUGACAAAUCAGUAAAGCUUAACUAUAUGAUACACAACAUACAAGAGGUUAGUUAAUAAAUAUAUUUAUGGAACACUUUGAAAUGCUGAAUCUGAUCCUGGGCAGUUGCAUGGUCCAUGAACUGCUCCAUAUUAUCUUGACUGGACGUGGUCAUUUAACCAAUAACGCACAUGCAAGUCCAGUUGUUUGCUUUUGGUUGUCUGGUUCAAUGUCUCGUUGAACAUAAUUACAAACACACCGCAUUCAAGUCUUAAAUUUAAUUUUAGAAGUGGUCUUAAAAAGUCUUAAAUUUAACUUGUUUAUACCUGUAGCCACCUUGUGUUUACUGUAUGCUCUUAUUGUAAUCUACCAGCAAUACCGUAGUACCUGUAUUUGAAAUAAAUACCCCGUACAUUUACAGGGUUCAAACUGA